UCGUGACCGGCCGCGAGCGCAGCACCGGGGCCGCCGCUCCGCGCGCGCCGCUGGGGAGGGGCCGCUCCCGUCCCCUCCCCCCGCCGCGGGCCCCUCACGCCGCCGCCGCCGCCCCCGAGCUCCGGCGCCCCCGGGCGGGGCGGGGCGGCCGGCGCGCGCCGGGCCCGGCGCCGCUUCCUGGUCGGCCCCGCGGGACGAGGCAGCGCCGGCCCAGCAUGGACAGCAAACCGCUGCUGCAGGAGCGGCCCCCCGCCUACAGCCCUGCUGCUCCGGGCGCGCCGGGCUACGACUACGGGCACGGCAACUACGGCGCCAUCCCCGCCCCGCAGCCCGGCUUCCAGCCGCCCCCGCCGUACUCCUACCCGGGCGCCGCGGCCGCCCCAGGAUAUGCUGUUCCUCCACCGACAUCACAGCCAAACUAUUCGAGCACGUACACCAUCAUUCAACAGCCUGCCACCACCACUUCUGUAGUAGUAGUUGGUGGCUGUCCUGCCUGCAGGGUUGGCGUGUUGGAGGACACCUUCACCUGUCUUGGUGUUUUGUGUGCCAUUGUAUUCUUUCCAAUUGGGAUUCUGUUCUGCCUUGCACUGAGGCAGAGAAGAUGCCCCAACUGUGGGGCAGCUUUUGGCUGAGGGGCUGAAUGUGGACGUGCUUACUGAAGCUACAACUGUUAGCAUACUCUUUCUAAUGUAAAUGUCAUGUACAAUCAUUUUAUUUGCUUCAGACCUGUUUUGUAAAGUGUGAAGGAAUUUAGUCUCUUGCAUGUAAUUUAAACUUAAUCUUUUAUGAGCAUGUGCAUUGCAAAACAUGAAAACCUGACUUGUUUUCCAUGUUUAGUGGCACCUGUUGAAAACUAAAUAAAACUGCUUUUCCUUUUGCAAUCCUCAA